AUGAAAAAAUUUAAAAUAUUGAGCUCGCCCAGGGUUGUGUUCUGUUUCUUCAGUAUAAUGAAUUUUGUGCUGCUGAAUAGGGGUAUCAAGCAAAAUGCGAAAUUUCUGUCAUCACAACUAGAUGUAAGGGCAUCCCCAAGACAGCUGUCUCAAUUUACUGCUAAUUCAAAUGUGUAUGGUGAUCCAAGUGAGCUAAACUUUUACCUUCAUGAUAAUGAAUGCAGCUUUGAAUUAGGGAAUGAAUAUAUGCAUGAUGGUACUUCUGGUCAUGUAGAAAAUGUAAAAUCGGAAAAAGAGGAUGAAGUAGGAGGAAUAGAAGAUUUGGGAAAAGUACAAGAUGGACAAGAGGAGAAAUCGAAGCAAGGAGAACAAUGCGAUGAAGAAGACCUCAUGGAUCAUGAAGGAAGAAUAGAUAUAGCAUCCAUAUCAAAAAAACACGCGUUCGUCAUGCCAAAAGAUGAAGUCGAGUUACUACUGGUUGAAUGUAUUGAAAUUCAAAUAUCAGAUUAUCAAAUUGCCAUGGAUAAUUUAUUGAGAGAACUGCAUGAAUUAGCCUCGAAAUAUGGAAUGUCAGAGGAAAAAAAAAUGAAAUUGUGGAAUGAAUGCCAAGAAAAAAUAUCUAAUGAUUUUAAAGAAGUAGAUGAUUAUUAUUAUGAAAUUUAUAGUUUUAAUAUGCACGCCGAUACAGUAGCAACUGCUCCUUUCCUUUCAUCCUUAAAGACCUUUCUCAACUUGUGGAAGAACUGUAUACAUAAAACUGAAAGAAAAUGGUCCUCCUUUUUUAAAGUGAGGGCUCAAGAAUAG